UAAACAUAAGAAUAAAAAAAAACAUUCGAGUUUGAAUUCAACGUUUUCUCGUGUUGACAUGGUUCUGUAACUUUUUUAUCAACAAUUCAAGUUGUUUUUGAACAAAUUAUAAAUAUUCAGUGUCAUUAAUUGAUUUAAAAAUUACUAAAAAUAGGCCUACUUGAAAAAUAGAUAGCUGUAUUUUAGUGUUUUGCUGAGCUAAGUAGCCACUCUCAUCAUAGGCCUAACCAAGAAAACAUUUGAGUAAAGCAUGACAUUAGGUCGUCAUCUUCAAAAUAAAAAAGCAAGCGCAUAUCCUCAAGGUGUGCGAUGUCAGAAAUGUCUGGAAUAUGGCCAUUGGACCUACGAAUGUACAGGAAAACGCAAGUUCCUCCACAGGGAUUCAAGAACAACGCAACUAAAAAAACGAUUGAAGGGAAAUGUCUCCUCUGAUGGACAGUCUUCACAAACAUCGUCUGCUGACAAUUUGAAAAAUCGCAAAAAGUCGAAGGCUGUUGAAAAGGACACUGCCAGCUCUUCAAGUGAUGAUGAAGAUAGUAGUUCUUCGUCAUCAGACUCUGACACUGACUCUUCAAGUUCUUCAUCCUCAUCAUCAUCAUCAUCAACAUCCAGUGUUGCAAAAUCAUCAACGUCAUCAUCAUCGUCGUCAUCAUCUUCGUCAUCUUGACUCAAGUAAAAACUUUCAUCAUGAUUUACAAUACUGAGUAAAAUAUGCACUCUUUUAAUUGUUACUUAUGUGUAAUUUUUUAAAUCUAAAAUUUGUAAAUCAUAAACUUAGUCAAAUUCUCAUUUCCAAUUAUGUCAUUGGUGAGACUAUUGACUUCGUUUAUCAUCUGCAUCUGCUAACAAAAACAAUUAAUGCUCUAUCAAGUAGUCAUCAAUCGAUUAUAUUUAUCAGAUUAACUAUUAAUUUUGUACAUUUGGUAAUUUACAAUCUUCAACGGAUGGUUGUGUAAUAACAGUACACUCUUGGAUAACAUUGAAUAAGAUUCCCAAGUUCAGAUGCUGCUUAGUAUAUAUUUUUCUGUACUAAAAAUUCAACAAGAAAUAAACUCAUAAUUCAGUUGCGGGGGGAAAUCUGAACUUUAAAAUCUUAACAGAUACAUCAAUCCACUGAGCUGAGCAUACUGUUGUCAAGACCUCACUUCCAGCUACCUUCUCACCAUAAAAAGUCAUCUUAAUACUCCUAGUGGUGAUAUAAGCACAAACUAGAAAAUUUUGCUUCAGCAGAGCCCAUUCCAGAGACAGUUCAGUUAUGACCGAGAAACUGCAACUGUAGUGCCAGGUUAUUACUCAACUGACUAGACUCCAAGUGGUGAUAUCUUUGAUUCAUAAGCACAAACUAGAAAAUUUUGCUUCAGCAGAGUCAAUUCCAGAGAAAGUUGAGCUAUGACCGAAAAACUGCAACUGUUGAGCCAGGUUAGAAUCCAGUUAAUAAUACUAUUAACCUUUUCUACAUUUGCAAUUAACUUGAAUAACAGCAACUGCUGUGCUAGAUUACAAGUGGUGAUAUUUCGGGUUUACAAGCACAAACUAGAAAAUUUUGCUUCAGCAGAUCACAUUUCAGAGAUAGUUUUUUUAAGACUGAAAAACAGCAACUGCAGUGCCAGAUUACAACUUGACUGACUAGACUCAAAGUGGUGAUAUCUCGGGUUUAUAACCACAAACUAGAACAUUUUGCUUCAGCAUAGCCCAUUGUAGGGAUAAUUCUGUUAAGAUCAAAAAACAGCAACUGUCUUGCCAGGUUAGAACUCAAGUGACUAGACUCUAAGUGGUGAUAUCUGUGGUUCAUAAGCACAAAUUAGAAAAUUUUACUCCAGCAUUGCCCAUUGUAGGGAUAGCCUAGUUCUGUUAACCCUCAGCUACACAGGUCUAAUUAUUGGGACACUAUGCCACAGGUCCGGUCAAAAUGACCGCUGAUAAUAAAUCAUCCCUAAAAAUGAUAAGCAGGGCUGAAAUUGUAUUUUCUGAAUUCAUUCAGUUAUUUGUAGGUUUUGUCGGUAGAGCCAAAUAAGAAAAAUUAUUCAAAUGACACAUCUUAGUUUAUUACAAUAUAUAUUAUAGCACGACCUAAAAACGUAUGAAAAAAAAGUUGAAAGAGAAAAAAUUGAAUAUAAAAAAGUUUAGUUGAAAAAAUGUUUUGAAGUCAAAGUUCCAUUGUCAAAUACAUCCACAAUCAAAAUGUAAGCACAGUAUGUGAAAAUAAAUAUUAACAAAUAAAAAUUGCAGAUAAUUUUGAAUCAAGUUUUUCUUCACUCCAAGACUGGAUAAACUAGGCAAUUCUGGCACAUUCUGUGGCUACACUCUGCAAUUCUGGUAAAUUCUGGUGGUGCACUUGGGGCAGAUGGGCUUCUUACAGCAGAAACACAUAUGUGAUGUUUUCAUCUUCUUUUUUGGAUCGCAUGUGUAGCACGUCUUCCGUUUAGCAAAUGUAUCACCCUGCACAUCAGGUUUGGACACACCCAACACACGCCGAAUUGAUGAACGAAGCUCAAAUAAUAAAUGAAUGUUAGAAAGUCUUUUCUCCAUUUGCGGUGCUACUGGGGAGUAAGCUAUUUGUUUCAAAAAAUCGAAUCUGCUCAUUUUUUAGUGUCUUUGUAGGAGUUAUAGAGCACGAAUGAAUUCACUCGACUCACAUCCAACAUUCUAUAGAAUAGAGCCAUUGGCCACCACUGUGUACGUCGUCGAGAGCAAGAAUAGAUUGCACAUCUCUCAUCCAGGGCAUUAACUCCUCCUUUUGUUUGAUUAUAAUAAACUAUA